GUGAAUGGUACCGGUAAGCGUCAGCCAACAACACAGAAGAAGAGUACAACGAGUCAGCUACACACCCACCUCACUUUCAGUGAAUGACAUAAUAGCAGCAGUUCUUCAUAAACGGUCAGACUGUUUUCUUAUUCUCGUUGAGCAGACUCAGCAAUAUCAGAGCAGUCAUGUCUGACAGAAAGGCAGUAAUAAAAAAUGCGGACAUGUCCGAGGAGAUGCAGCAGGAUGCUGUUGAGUGUGCUACACAGGCUCUAGAGAAGUACAACAUUGAGAAGGACAUUGCUGCCUACAUCAAAAAGGAGUUUGACAAAAAAUACAACCCCACCUGGCACUGCAUUGUGGGAAGGAACUUCGGCAGCUACGUGACCCAUGAGACCAAGCACUUCAUCUAUUUCUACCUGGGCCAAGUGGCCAUUCUGCUGUUCAAGUCUGGCUGAGACUGAGCCUGACCUCAUCACCUGACCAUUUAUUACUGACUGACUUCAGAAAGGCUGAGCAUUCCUGUUCUGGGACCUGCCUUCUUUUGGCUGCUUCUUUUGUUCCUCUUUUUGUUUUAAGAAAAUGGCUAUGUACAAGGAAAAAGAUAAGUAAGGAACAUGUAUUUAUUUUGUUUUCUAUACACAGGUUGAACACGUGUCAUUUCAGUGUUUUUUUUUUUUUAAUUAAAACAAAAUGUUUUGACCCACUGGAUGGAUGUAAGGAGUAAUUUAUUUUUUCUUUUUGGACAAUGAAAGGUUAAGCCUGAAAUUCUAUAUAAAAGUCAAUGUCUAAAUGGAAUCUGGAAGUGGUCUGGUAUGUUGUGGCUAGCCUCAAGGCACUGGUGAAGACACAAGUUUAUUGCAUUAACCUCCAGUAUGUCUCCAAAACAUUAAUACAGCUUCCUCGUUUUGCUAAUAUGGAGUUAGAUUUAGGUCUGUACUGCACUGUUGUGUUCAGUCAUUUUAAUCAACUUGAAGCUUUUCCUCCUGCUUUCACCUCAGUGAUUUAAAAUAAUCAUCUCAAAAUAUGCCAGUGUCUUUCCUAGAAAUUUUGGCUUCACACAAACAACCCAACAGUUUCCCUAGAAUUUUAGUAGGACUUGUCCCUAUAGAUUGUCACUCAACUUUGGCUUAAAAUCACACUUGAACCUUGUUCAUUAACUUCUGUUAAAGUACAGAGUAAAGAUGUAAGGUUUAAGAUGUUAAGCAAUAACUGCAAACUAUUCAAAUUAAAUGAUUACUGUACAA